AUGAUGAUUACCAAAAGAUAUGGUGUAGCUGAUCCUCAAAUCUUAGCUAGUCUUGAAAAUUUUGAUGAUGACAUACUCUGCGAGAUACUUACCAGAGUUCCAGCAAGGUUACUUGUCCGGUCAUGCAAGUUUGUAUGUAAACGGUGGCUUUCUUUGAUUCGCUCUCCACAUUUUCUUGAAUUGCAUCGUAUCCGAUCACAAACUCGCCGGCCAUCACUUAUUUUCAGCAGUACGACUACUGACUAUAUCAUAUAUACAACAACAACGGAGUUUUUCUCUGUGGAAGAAAGCUUGUUUGAAGACAGUCGGGCGUUAAACGCCACUCCUUUAAUGACGCCUACGAUGGAGGAGUGUAUGUUAGUAUCCUCAAGUGGUUUGUUAUUUUGUCUCAUUGACUCACUGGUGCAUAAUGUUCGCAUCUAUAACCCGUGCACCGGAGAAAUAACAGCUUCUAUAGGAAAAACGAAUCCAAUUGAAGGACAGAGUUAUUUCGUUGCUGCAACUUACGGAUUUGGAUUCCAUCCUUCAUCUAAGAAACACAAACUAGUUCGUGUCUGGGACAUAAGGACGCUUCGGAACGGCAGGCUUGCUGUAGCUGAAGUAUUAACUGUAGGCGAAGACGAUACAUGGAGAAAAAUUAAUGAAGUACCACCAUUUAUAAGUGAAACACCUGCAGUUAGUCUUAAUGGUUCAAUAUACUGGAUAAGUAGUAGUGCAUCCACGGUUGGAAAAUAUAAAGCGUUAGUUGCCUUCGAUAUGGAAAGUGAGAUCUUCAGAGAGAUUUCAAUCCCGAAAUCCUUACUUGAAGAAACUAAAAAGAUAAAAUUAUUGGAAGUGGAUGGAUGCGUUGCUAUAUUUCAAAAAAUUAGUGAAUUUGAGGUGAAAUUCUGGAUAUUCAAUGGAAAUUGGACCGAAGAGAUUAUAUCGAUGCCUAUAGACUGGGACAGUUCCAGUAUUGAUAUAUAUCAAACAAUACAACAACUUCCGGGUACAGAUAUCAUCAUCAUAAAAGCUAAAAGAACUCGUGAUGAUGCGGAAAGACAUCUCGUAUCCGUAUAUCAAUACGACAUAACGAAGAAGACCUUCGAUAAGGUUAAAAUCAUUGGACUUCCUACCAGGAGCUUCUCCCCCGGGAGAACAGGAUUACUCACAAGGCUAAUAGACUAUGGCUUUUUCACAAUGUUCGAUAGCCUUUAUCCUGUUCGAAAGCAGCAUCAAUCCUAG